CCAUAGUUGGAAGAUGUUAAGCCUUUUGCCUGAGGAGGAAGGGUGGAUUUUGGUGAGGUUAGAUAUUGAUGGGAGCCGGUAGAACUUAGUGCUCGCUGUAGCUGAGUUUGUGUGUAAUGCAGAUGUGGUUUCAGCUACCUGGUAAAUCCAGGUUCAGAAGCUGUACCGGCAGAACUUAUUGUACCUCGGCUCUAUACUGUUGCUCAGUUUCAGCUGGAGCCUUGUUCGUCUUGCCCCUUAAUACCAGUUGACCUCAAUUAAUGCGCAGUUUAGGUAAAAAUUACAGCACACGUGUGAAGUGAGAAUAACUCGUUUUGACUGCCAAUUACAUUUACUCAUAGCGGCUAGUGUAUGGUGUGGCUUAAAAAUGGUAUUCUCUGCUGUGAUAUUUAGUACUACGUUUUUCAAAGCCAGCCCACAUCUGCUAUUUCCUGUUGUAUUUUCCUCAGGGAGACUUCCUAAGUAAAGUAGAUAGGGAGGAGUGGACUUAUGUGAAGCCACACAUCAUAUAAGUAGACUUAUACAAGCCAGAGAACGAGAAAUUUCCCGAUCCUCCUGGAUCUGGAGUUAUAAAUUACAGUCUGUCAUGAUGCUUGUGCAGUGCUGAAACUUUACCACAACCUUGGUGUGGGUCCAUUCGCUGGAUUCUGCAGAGUAACUCAGAAGCUGCCGUGGACAGGGCUGUGCUACUGAGAAUUGUGAAAUACAAUGGGCUUCCUCAAUGCUUUUUUAAGUAGUUGCUGGGAGCCAGACUUCACAGUUUCUAUAUGUGCCUGUAAGUACGUUAGGUAGCUUUUGCUUUGUAAUGGUAACUGUGGUGGGAGAGGCAGGCAAGAUGUGCUUGUGGCAUAACAGGGUUUCUAAUUUUGCUAUGGAUAGCAACUUUUGCAAAUGAACUUGGAGAACUCUAGAGAGAUCUAGUGACUAGCUCGGUUAAGGGCUCAGAUGUGGAGGAAAAAAAUCUUGCAAGGUCUCUGGAGGUUUGAAUACUGUUGUUCUCCCUUGUUGAGAACUUAGAUCUUCCGAGGCUUUAGGUUGGAUUCCCAAAGGUAUUUAAAAAGGUAUUAAACACUUGGGGAGUGGUGCUGAGGUUCCUGGUGCUCGUGCUUUACAGGCCUUGUAGCUGUUGUACAAAAUCUACUGCAAAGCACUGAUGUAUAUUGUUGGAAAACCUCUUUUGACUGUCUGUAUUCUUGACUGGUGAGUAACAGUCUCUUCUUCUGCUUUCACUUUGAUAGGAAUAAUGUUUCCAACAUGUCUGUGCAGUCGCUGCUUUGUGAAAGAAUUGCUGUUGCCAAAGAAUUAAUCAAGAGAGCGGAAGCCCUUUCCAAGUCCCAGAAGGGGAAUAUAGAAGGUGGGGCAAAACUAUGCAGCAAACUGAAGGCCGAGUUAAAUUUCUUACGCAAGGUGGAGGCAGGGAAAGUGGCCAUUAAAGAAUCCCAUCUGCAGAGUACAAACCUUACCCACCUCCAAGCCAUUAUUCAGUCAGCAGAGAACCUGGAGGGCGUUGUCAGUGUCCUCCAUGUUUUUGCUUAUGAGGACAGGUUUGGAGACAAACAGACACUAGUGGUAGAUGUUGUUGCAAAUGGAGGUCACACGUGGGUGAAGGCCAUUGGUCGGAAGGCUGAGGCCCUGCAUAACAUCUGGCUGGGAAGGGGCCAGUAUGGUGACAAAAGCGUCAUUGAGCAGGCAGAGGACUUCCUGCAAGCAAGCUGUCAGCAGCCAGUGGAGUACAGCAAUCCUCACAUAAUCUUUGCAUUCUACAACAGCGUGUCCAGUCCUAUGGCAGAGAGACUCAAGGAGAUGGGAAUAUCUGUGCGGGGAGACAUUGUUGCUGUGAACGCACUGGUAGAGCCAUCUACAGAAAACCGACACCAAAGUGCCAGCGAAUCAGAUGAAGAAAGCCCUGAACUCCUGCAGGUGACCAGAGUAGACCGGGAGAAUUUAGUGGCCAGCGUUGCUUUUCCCACCCAGAUCAAAGUGAAUGUGUGCAAUAGAGUUAACUUGGACAUCACUACCUUAAUUACCUACGUCUCUGCUCUGAGCUAUGGUGGCUGCUACUUCACCUUCAAGGAAAAAGUGCUCACGGAGCAAGCAGCUCAAGAGAGGAGGGAGAGAGUUCUGCCUCAGUUGGACGAGUUUAUGGAGGGGAAAGAGCUCUUUGCCUGCGAGUCUGCUGUCAGAGAUUUUCAGUCCAUCUUGGAGACCUUGGGAGGACCUGGGGAGAAAGAACGAGCAGCGUUGCUCGUUAAAAGAAUUAACGUGGUGCCAGAUCAACCAUCUGACCGUGCCUUAGGACUAGUGGCAAGUUCAAAAAUCAACAGCCGUUCUCUAACCAUCUUUGGGACAGGAGACUCUUUAAAGGCCAUCACCAUGACUGCAAAUAGUGGUUUUGUGAGGGCAGCAGCUAACCAAGGUGUCAAGUUUAGUGUUUUUAUCCAUCAGCCGAGAGCAUUGACAGAAAGCAAAGAAUCUGUUGCUACACCUUUACCAAAGAGCUGCCCACCAGAUAAUGGACUCUAGGUCAUUUAAUGAGUUAGUCAUUGAAAUAAUCUGUUCUGAAGGAUGAGUUUUUUUCUCUUAUGGUAGCUUAUGGCAGAUGCUGCAAAGGAGGCCUUUGGGGAAAUGCAAAAGUCAUAA